CUCUGUCUUUGCUCCUGCUGCUGCGGCGAGCAGCACCAUGCGUCGAAGCGCUGCUGUCGUAGCGUUCUGCUGCACAGCCACAGCGCUGGAGGAGCAGCCAUGGCUCCGCAGAGAGCUGAGACCAGAGGAUGAGUCGAUCAGCAAGAACAAGGCGAAACAGCAAGGCGUCGCGGGCGGCCCCUGCUACCCCGGCAAGACGGAGUGCCCGUUCAGCACGAGCUGUGAAUGGGACCGCGACACGGAGGACGGCGAAGACUUUCGGGAGCGCAUAUGUAUGCACAAGGACCUGGUGCCGGCGAACGGCCACGACUGGGCGACGAUCUUUUUACUGAUUGCGGCGACGGCGCUGGCCGCGGGCGGCGGCAUCGGCGGCGGCGGGUUACUCGUGCCCAUCUACCGGCUCGUCGCCGGCUUCCCCAUCACGCAAGCGACGGCGUUAUCUUUGGCAACAAUCUCGGGGGGCUCCAUCGCGAACCUCUAUACGUAUACGCGGCGCUACCACCCGAACGAUACUAUCAAGCGACCGCUCAUCGACUACGAGGCUUCCCUGCUCUUCUGCCCCGCGCUCCUCGCGGGGACCAUGUUCGGCUCCGUUUUUAGCGUCAUGUUUCCUCCGUGGCUCACGGUGGUUCUGCUCAUAGCGCUGCUCGGCUAUUCGGGAAGACGCACUCUAAACAAGGGGAUAAAACGGUGGACGGGCGAGGACAAACUUAGUCCGCGGCCGACGCGCGACGAGGCGGGCCUGCAGGACGUGGAGAUCGACACGCCGCUGGGCCACGCCGACGCGCCGCCCAUCGCGCGCCAGGACCCCACUCCUGAUCAACUGGCGCGUCUCGAGGCAAUAUACGCCAAGGAGGGCUCGCUCGUGCAGCGCGAGAACUGGACGGCCACCGGCGUGAUCUGGCUCAUCGUCUUCGUCUUUGCGCUGCUGCGGGGCGGCCGCGGCGGCGCGUCGCUGAUCCCGGGUUUGGACUGCUCGCAGUUCCUGUACUGGUAUCUCUUUAUCAGCAAUUUAGCCGUGCUCAUCAGUGCAUGAAUCAAAUGUCGCAUGAAUCAAAUGUCGCGGCGUUUCUCCGACCACGGCUGAACCAUGACCUGCACGCCAUCGACGCGGCGCCUGUUCGACGGCUUGGCCGUGCGGUUCUCUGACUUGACCAGCACGGUCGCGUCGUCGCCGAGAAAUGGUGCACCCGACCCACGGUUUGAUUCGCGCACAGGUGCUUAUUGCGGCGACGGCGUGGAUAAGGAAGAAGACGCUGGACCGGGCCACGGAGAAGGCGUUUCUAGGGCACGAGCCGCUCGAGGGCGACUUGCAGUGGGACCGGCGGACGACGGCAUUGUAUCCCAUGUUAUGUGUGUUCGCGGGCAUAGCCGCGGGGUUAUUGGGUAUUGGGGGCGGCAUGGUCCUCGGCCCGCUGCUGGUCGAGCUGGGCUGCCUCCCCCAGCCGAUCGCGGCGACGUCGGCCUACGUCGUCUUCAUCACGGCGACGUCGGGGUUGGCGCAGGUCUGGAUCAUGGGCCUCGUCGGCGUCAGUGCAUAAAUCACAUGGUUGCGGCGCAUCCACGCCAUCGACGCGACGCCUACUCGACGGCGUGGCGGUGCGGCUCACGGAUUGCUUUGCGCACAGGUCCCAAAGGACUACGCCUUCGCCUUCGCGGCGUGCGGCCUGUUCUCGACGUUCCUCGGGCAGUCGGUUAUCGAUUGGGUCGUGAGAAAAUACAAAAAGGACGCGAUCGUGAUUCUUGUCAUCGCGAGCAUCAUGCUCAUCGCGCUGGUGCUCAUGACGUAUGAUGGGAUUAUGCAGGUGGUCCACGCGACGACGUACGGCUUCUCGCCGCUCUGCUAAGCUGACGCGCCCGUCGAUGAAUCGGCAACGCGCGGUGUCUCCCCCCGCCGGGCAGGGCCGCCCACUAGUUCUAGCUAUGUUAGGUGUAUAAAUUCUCGAUAGCU